AUGAAUGCCAAACCACCGAGUCUUUCAGGAAGCCCAACACCAGUAGAAGUUAUAGAUUGGAUCUCUGAGAUAGAAAUGGUGUUUGAUAGUUGCGACUGCAGCGAUAGACAGAAGACGAUCUUCAUUGUAAGGAAACUAAAGAUUGGGGUGUUGAGUUGGUGGAAGUUAUUAACUAAUACGAUGCCCAAAGGAGAGGCUAUCAAGAUGUUGUGGGAGAAAUUCUUGGAGCAGUUGAAGAGACAGUACUGCUCAAAAACAGACCUAUUGGAGAUGAACAACGAGUUUCAGAACUUGAAAAAGGUAAAAUUGAGCGUCACUAAGUACGUCAUUGCAUUCACAAAGAAGAUGAAGCUAUUUCCCUACUUGGUGCCCACUGAACUCUUCAAUAUUGAGAGGUUUGCUAACGGAUUACUAGAGGACUUUGGUCGAACGGUGAAGAUCGCAACCACUCUGGAGAAGGCGGAGGUUGGAGAGAAGAGGAAGUUGGAGGAAUCCUUAAGACCCGAUCAAAAGGGUAGGAGGCAUCCUCAGGACCCGAUCAGAAGGGUAAGUCCUCAGACACGACGAGGUGGUGUGAAAGUGCAAAAAGAAGCACUAGAGAAUGCAUUGAAGGAGUGA